AUGGAAGGUAUGAUCUUUCAUAUGCCCACAUUAAUUUAUGUUACUAUUCGGAAAAGGUUGGAUUCUUUCAAAGAAAGAAUUUUUAGGCUUUAGUUUAGCCCUCUUAAUUUUUCAACAGCUUUAAGAGCCUAAAAAAGCAGCCUUUACUCUCCCUUUGAUUCGUUCACCGAAGCUUUGUCCUUUUAUCAGAUACACACACACACAACACACACCCACAAAAUUCAGAUUUUAAGUAUUUUGCUUUCUACAAAAGGUAAUUUUUUUUUUCACGCAUUUCUUGAUAUUUUUGCCCCAUCUUAGCUUUUGCACAUGCGUGUUCCUUUUAACUGUUUAGAUUCAUGGAAUGGAGUUGGUUUGAAAAGUUGGAAGUUGGUUUAGUUCCCUUUUAUUUGUAGUGGAAGUAUGACUAUGAAAUUUUCAACCUUUCCUUAUCAAGCUAAUGUAUGAUUUGGAAUUUCAUAAUUCUGAUUAGACGUGCCUAUAAACUAUUAUUGCUCUCUGCUUUACUGGACUCUUAUAUUUCUGGUUGUCUUUAUAUUUUGAUUAGUCUAUGUUAUAGAAUUCUUCCAAUUUUGACUGCAUUUCAAAGAAUUUAUCUGUUUUAACAGUUGAUAUAUUUGGGUUGUGUAGGUUUCUUAGGAGCAGAAAUGUCAAUGGAUUUGAAAUUGGAACUGCAAACUGCUCAUUUUUGUGAACUUUCCUGCAGUUUUUUAUGUGAUUCAAAGUUGUGUUAAGCCCCUUUCCUUUCACAGAUUGUUGGGUACUAUUAGGGAAGCUUCUUUGUUGAAUUUUCAGGACACUAGAUAUCUAGUGUGGUUUGGGAUACUGUUGAACUGUGGCCGUGGUUGAAGAUUGUAUAGAUAGCAAGUUGUUUCGCGCCCCUUUCCUUUCGUAGAUUGUUGAAUAAUAAGCUUCUUUAUUGUCUUUUAGGAAUAUUAUAAAUCUAGUGUGGUGUGGGAUACCGUUGAACUGUGGCCGUGGUUGAAGAUUGUAUAGGUAGCAAGUUGUGUUACGCCCCCCCUUUCCUUUCACAGAUUGUUGGAUAUUAAGGAAACUUCUUUGUUGAAUUUUCAGGAUAUUAGAUAUCUAUUGUGGUUUGGGAUACCAUUGAUCUGUGGCCGUGGUUGAAGAUUGUAUAGAUAACAAGUUGUGUUACUCCCCUUUCCUUCCGUAGAUUGUUGGAUAUUAGGGAAGCUUCUUUGUUGAAUUUUCUGGAUAUUGGAUAUCUAGUGUGGUUUGGGAAACCGUUGAACUGUGGUCGUGGUUGAAGAUUUUAUAGCUAGGCGGCUAGGCCAAUUUGGAACAUUGGAGUGAGAAAAGAUGGAUAAAAAUGGGGGUGAGGAUUGGAGGGAGAUGGUGAGGAAAAUGCUUCCUCCGGGGGCUCCCUUUCCCGAAGAGGAUAGCAUGGAUUAUUCGAUAGCAUUAGAGUAUAAGGGCCCUCCAAUUUCGUAUGAGCUUCCAAGAGUACAACCCGUUGACACGACUGCAGAUGCAGUUCCAGUAGCUGAACCUGAUUCAGAAUCUACAAGUGAAACAGCCCAUGUGCUAGAACCAAUCCGUUUGCCUGUGUCCCGUAUUGCAACAGUCACCUGUCCUCCUAGUCAAAGUCCUAGGAUGUCGGGAAGUUCUGAGUCCGUGGUGUCAGUUUUGCAGAAUGCUGAUUCAUCUUCGCGUACGCCUUCCCCUUCCCCUUCGGCUUCUCUCGGUUCAGUGUACAGUCAGAAAAGUAGUGUCCCUAGAGAGCCUGCUAACGAGGGGAGGAGGGCCACAGUCGUCACCUUUAACACUUUUGAUAGGUCGGAAGGGAGGGUGCCGGAUACGGAGAAACAAGUGUAUCCUGAAUUUGUUGGCGUGACCAAAGAGAAAAAAAAGAAGAGAAAACAAACUAGAUUCUGUUAUAGGUGUGGGAAAGGAAAGUGGGAAACAAAGGAAUCCUGUCUGGUUUGUAAUGCAAAGUAUUGUAGCAACUGUGUGCUCAGAUCAAUGGGGUCGAUGCCGGAGGGACGGAAGUGCGUUGCUUGCAUUGGCGAGCCCAUUGAUGAGCCGAACCGUGCCAAAUUAGGUAAACAUUCGAGGGUUUUGUCACAUUUACUGAGUCCUUUAGAAGUCAAGCAUAUAAUGAGGGCUGAAAGAGAGUGUUCGGCUAAUCAGCUUCGACCGGAGCAGCUGAUUGUGAAUGGAUAUCCUUUGAAACCUGAGGAGAUGGCGGAUCUCCUCGGAUGCCCUCUUCCCCCCAGGAAACUGAAGCCAGGCGUGUACUGGUACGAUAAGGAGUCGGGUCUUUGGGGAAAGGAUGGUGAAAAGCCGGAUAAAAUCAUCAGUUCGAACCUAAACUUCACGGGGAAACUUAGUCCUCAUGCGAGCAACGGGAACACUGAGGUAUACAUGAAUGGUCGAGAAAUCACAAAACUUGAGCUGAGAGUAUUAAAGCUUGCCAACGUGCAAUGCCCUCGUGAUACUCAUUUUUGGGUUUAUGACGAUGGUCGUUACGAGGAAGAAGGCCAAAAUAAUAUCAGAGGCAAUAUAUGGGAAAAGGCAUCAACUCGAUUCGUCUGUUCCUUGUUCUCUUUGCCUGUGCCCCAAGGUCAGCCUCACGGACACAGGGAUGAGCCUAGCAGUUAUGCUACUGUAUCGAAUUAUCUCGAGCAAAAAAAGAUCCAGAAGCUUCUCCUACUCGGCCUUCCCGGCUCCGGAACCAGCACUAUAUUCAAGCAGGCGAAAUUUUUGUACGGGAGCAAGUUUACAACUGAAGAACUGCAGGAAAUCAAGCUUAUGAUCCAAAGCAAUAUGUACAAGUAUCUCAGCAUUCUGCUCGAUGGCCGAGAGCGCUUUGAGGAGGCCGUAUUAGGAAGCAACGGGUUGAGUUCAGAUGAACAGAUCUCUGAAUCGGAGGAAGGUGUCGACUCCAGCGAACAUAGUCAGUGUGUAUACUCGCUCAAUCCGAAGUUGAAGCAUUUCUCUGACUGGCUCCUCGAUAUCAUCGCCACUGGUGACUUGGAGGCGUUCUUUCCUGCUGCAACGCGGGAGUAUGCACCGCUCGUUGAAGAAAUUUGGAGAGAUCCCGCUGUACAAGAGACGUACAAGAGGAAGGACGAACUUCACUUUCUACCAGAUGUCACCGAGUACUUCCUAAGCAGGGCUGUCGAGAUUUCAAGCAACGAGUACGAACCUACGGACCGUGACAUACUUUAUGCCGAAGGGGUGACGCAAGGGAACGGUUUGGCCUUUAUGGAGUUCUCCCUCGACGACCGGAGCCCUAUGUCAGAAACCUACACGGAUAAUUUGGAUGGCCCGUUGCUGUCUCCAACCAAGUACCAACUGAUUAGAGUGAACGCCAAGGGGAUGAACGAGGGAUGCAAGUGGGUGGAGAUGUUUGAGGACGUCCGAGCAGUGGUCUUCUGCGUCGCCCUCAGUGACUAUGACCAGGUGUGGUCCCCACCGGAGAGCAGCGGGGAGCCGCUCCUGAACAAGAUGAUCCAAAGCAGAGACCUCUUCGAGUCGAUGAUCAGGCACCCUUGCUUCAGCGACACCCCGUUCGUACUGAUCCUGAACAAGUACGACCUCUUCGAGGAGAAGAUCAACCGCGUCUGUCUAGGCACGUGCGACUGGUUCACCGACUUCUGCCCCGUCCGGACCCAGCACAGCAACCAGUCCCUAGCGCAGCAAGCCUACUUCUACGUGGCCGUCAAGUUCAAGGAGCUGUACGCUUCACUGACGGGGCGGAAGCUCUUCGUGUGGCAGGCGAGGGCGAGGGACCGGGCCACGGUCGACGAGGCGAUCAAGUACACGAGGGAGGUGGUUAGAUGGGAUGAUGACAAGGAAGAGAACUACUAUGGUGGUGGAGAAGACUCGUUUUACAGCACAACAGAUGUGGACUCCUCGCCCUUUUACCCACAAGACUAAAAUAUGAUUAUACAAUGUGAUUUUUUGGUGAUAUAGAAUGCUUUGAAAUGCAAUUUUGGAUUGUAAAUAGGUGUAUAUUUGUGGGAUUGUGUUGCAGGUUUCAGAUUAUAAGUGUAACAUUAUCCUAUACAA